GUCGUCCCAUUAGCCGUGUGCCCCCUGAGUGUGCUCGUGUUUUAUGUGUGUUUCGUGUGUGUGAAAGAGUGAAUUACGGCGAUAGUAGGGGGAGUUACGACCAAACAACAUGGCAUUGCAACAAUGUGGGACCUAAAUUAACUCAGUGUCGCGUGAAGGGGGGAAGAAUCCGAAACCCUCGGCCCUCUGAGUUUAUGUUUUCUUUUAACCAUUAGAUGGUAUCGAGCGAGCCGACUCUGGCAGUGGAGGACAACUGCUUCUCGAAUAAUAUGAAGGAGAUGAUUGGGGGCUGCUGCGUUUGCUCAGACGAGAGAGGCUGGGCUGAAAAUCCACUGGUUUACUGUGACGGGCAUGGCUGUAAUGUCGCUGUUCACCAAGCAUGUUAUGGCAUUGUACAAGUCCCUACAGGACCCUGGUUUUGUAGAAAAUGUGAAUCUCAGGAGAGAGCAGCUAGGGUGAUAAAAGGUUGGAAAGGACGAAAACCUGUUCCACAAACUACAGAUGGAGGAGGAAGAUCUACAACCCACCCAAAUGAUGCUGAAGAAGAGGGACUUGCCAAUAGUUUAAAAACUAUGAAUACAUGGAGAUGUGAACUGUGUCCGCAUAAGGAUGGAGCUCUCAAGAGGACUGAUAAUGGAGGUUGGGCACAUGUGGUUUGUGCAUUGUACAUUCCAGAAGUGGAGUUUGCAAAUGUUUCCACAAUGGAGCCUAUUGUGUUGCAGUCCGUUCCCCAUGACCGCUACAACAAGACUUGCUACAUCUGUGAAGAACAAGGUAGAGAGAGUAAAGCUGCUACUGGAGCUUGCAUGACUUGCAACAAGCAUGGUUGUAGACAGGCGUUCCACGUAACAUGUGCACAGUUUGCUGGACUGCUUUGUGAGGAAGAGGGGUCAGAUGCAGAUAAUGUGAAAUACUGUGGAUACUGUAAAAACCAUUACAGCAAACUGAGAAGGAGCAAACGCGGCUCUAGUAGUGCAUAUGAUCAAAGCUUAAGUGAUUCUUCAUCACACUCUUUGGAUAAACAUCAUGACAAGGAUAAAAAGAAACAUAAAGAAAGAGACAAGCACAAACCAAAGCAUAAGAAAUCUGCACCCGGUCUUGUUCCUCCUGCACCUGCACUUGUUCAUUCUUUGACAGUAACAACGGAGAAGAGUUACACAAGCACAAGUGGUGGUGGCAGCUCCAUGCCUGGUUCCCUGAAGCGACUGGAGGAGACCACAGCUCGGUUUACAAAUGCAAAUUUCCAGGAAGUCCCUGCACACCCGACCAGUGGAAAAGAUGGCGGUGCAGAUGUCAAAGUGGGGGGAGAGGGCAAAGGAAAAAAAGCUGCAGGUCACAUCACCAGCCAAAAGGGAAGGAAGCCUGGUGCUGGAAAAACUCCAGUCGGUGUCACGGUCGCAGCAGCAACCUCCACUAGCCCUUUCCAGCAAGUUGCAGGCAGCCAUUUGGGCACUGCUGGCAGUGCAAAGACCUCUUCUGGCAGCUCAGUCCAAUCUCCCCAGGAAUUUCUGAGCUUCACAGAAUCUGAUCUGCGAAAUGACAGCUACACACAUUCACAGCAGUUGUCAUACACAAGAGGCCUAUCUAAAGGAGAUGCAGCGGGUCUGGAAGGGGGUCUAAACGCUUUUAGUUCUUUAAUGGCCCUCCCAUCCCUCUCCGCUGGGGCUGCACAGGCUAAAAGCAAUGAGAACUCUCACGGAGACUUGAGCAGCUCGGCCAGCCAGGCUUCAGCAGGAUAUAAGCGAUCCCAGCCCAACUCUGGCAGCGUGGAGGAAGACAACGUGAAGGGAAAGAAGCGCAAGGGAAAUAAAAGCAAGCACGGACUUGGAAGGCCCAAAGGAAAUAAGGCUCAGGAGGCUGUUUCUUCUGCCUCGCCAGCCUCUUCUGUGGCAUCAGCUGCAGGCAGCGUGAAUGGUGGCAACUAUAACAAUAAUGGCAGCAUUAACAUUAACGUUGUCCAGAAAUCUCCAACGUUGCUCAGGAAUGGAAGUUUUCACAAUGUGAAUGUUGGCUCAUCUCCUGCUGUAACAGGUCCUUUUGCUUGUAAUGACACUCCAGUGUCCUUGCCAAAUGCUGUACUGGGCUCACACUGCAGCACCCCUCUCCCCAGCUCCCAGUUACCUCAGCAGUCUGCUGUCCAUUUGCACCACACUGUUCCUUCUCUGCCACCACCUACUACUGCCUCUGUUCCAAACCUGGUGUGUUCAACUCAGGCCAAUGCAUUACCUGGAUCCUCAUUAAACCUCGCUCCAUCUCACAUGUUUGGGAACUGCCUAAAUCCAAACUCGUCAAUGGCAGCACUAAUAGCUCAGUCUGAGAACAAUCCAUCAGAUCAAGAACUAGGAGACAAUAGUCAUAGCCUUGCUGGCAGGGGCAGUUCGCCAAGAGGAAGUAUCUCUCCACGCUCCCCAGUAAGUGGCUUACAGAUCCGCUAUGAUCAGUCAAGCAGUGGCUUUGAGAAUCUGCCCCCAGUUGCAACUAGCAUCGAGCAAUUGUUAGAGAGACAAUGUAGUGAAGGACAGCGAUUUCUACUUGAACAAGGCGCUCCUGGAGAUAUCCUGGGAAUGCUGAAAUCUCUUCAUCAGCUUCAGAUGGAGAACCGUCGCUUGGAAGAGCAGAUCAGGACUCUGACAGCAAAGAAAGAGCGUCUGCAGCUCCUGAGUGCACAGCUCUCUGUACCUUUCCCCAGCAGCGUGCCCAACCCCAGCGCCUCUUCUCAGUUGCAAGUCUUUGCUGCACAGCCUGAUCUGUUGAACACAAAUACAAGCCCACAUCUAAGCAACAGAUUUUUGCCUGACAAUUCUCUUUCUUUAGCAGCUCAGGACGUGACCUCCAGUGGACAGAGCACCAGCAGUUCUUCAACACUAUCUACUCCACCCCCUGCUGGGCAGAGUCCUCCCCAGCAAGGGUCAGGGGUCGCUGGAGUUCAGCAGGUCAGCAGUAUGACAGUGGGGGCACUGGCCAGUGGUAUGCAAACUAUGACCUCUACAAUUCCAGCAAUGCCGGGAGUGAGUGGAUUGAUGGGGGCUAUGCAUGGAAACCAACUGGCGAUCAAUGGGAUAGUAGGGGCUUUAAAUGGAGUAAUCCAGACCCCUGCGUCGGUAGCACAGAACCACAGCCCCCUCUCCCACACAGCUGGACCCCCCAGUGUGUCUCUCUCACUGCCUACCACUCUUAACAGUACUGCUCCAGCUAAAUCUAGUGCUCCUGGACUGGGUAUACUCUCUGGCCAGCAGAGACAGCUCUUACUUCACCAACAGCAGCUUCAGCAGCUACUCACAUCGCAGCAGCCUACUCCGGAGCAGCAACAGGCUCUUCUGUAUCAGUUAAUGCAUCAGCAGCAUCAACAUCACCAGCAGCAAGAACUGCAACAGCUUCAGCUCUCAGCAGCUGCACAGGUUCCUAUGAAUAGCCUGCUGACAAGCACCCAGGCUCCCACACAACACAGCAUCACUACCAACCCUUUCCUGACCAUGCUUGGGGACCCUUCUGUGCAAAAAGUUACAAGAUUAACCGAGAAAACUGGACCUGCUGUUCAAGAGAAAAGUUGACCGAUGAUUCGGAGGUGCCUUCAAUUGUUUAGCACUUCACAAACAUAUCACUGUUGAUCUAUUUUUCUACAUGGUGGUGAUUUAUAUGAACAGGUGGACAGGUUUCACAAGGAGGCAUUGGACUAACAAAUUGAUGUCAUUUUGUUGCACUAAAUUGGAGCUAAUCACUUACUGACUUCAGGGACUGCAGAAAACGACAAAAAUUGAGCUUACUUUGUACAAGCAAUUUCUAUCAGCUUGAAACUAUUGAAACUUUUCACAAGCAUUUUUUUUUUUUUUCCUUUUAGGGGUUUCAGGUAAUACAAAAUCAAAAGGAACAUUUGGGUUUGGGGUGUUUGUGAUUUUUGAAAUACUGUAGUAGCUAACUUUCUGUGUUGGUUUAAACUUUCAGUACAUGUGGUAGAGUUUCCUGUAUGCUUUAAUUGUGUAUUUCUUUGGACCACUCUUGAUAUGACUGGAUGUAGGAUUCCAAGCUUUUUAUACUGGCUGCUGGUGGAAUUAGAUCAAAUGUGGAAGAAAUGGAUGUGUCUGUCAUAGAGGAGGCUUCCUUUUGAUUGUCCGCCUAAACCAAGUGCCUGUUGCUAAGUCCAUUGUUUCAGCCAGGCUCUGGACAGCUGAGCAUGCACUCGAUCGCAGUUCCUGUCAGUGGCAGGAAUUUUUCAACAGUAUACCAGCAGCCUUUUUUUUUUUUUUAAAUAAGCAUUUCAUUUUACUCCUGUGUAGCUCAGGCAACAUAUUUAAUUAUAACCUGAGUGAUUUUCUUACUUCAGCUCUGUCAAAGUGAAAGAACUCAAUCUGGAUCCUCACUGUUGUUCCUGAGGGUGCAGACAUGGGAGUGUGUAUAUUUUUAUUUUAUUAUUAUUCUGAGAAGGUAUGUACAGUCACAAAAAAAAAAAAAAAAAAAAAGUAUUG